AUGGUGGAUGGCCAGAGGCAAGUGACUGUGAAAGGGAAGCUGGACCUGUCACCAGCCUUUGGUGGAGGUCUCUGCCCACAGCUGCAUGUACCAGUUCCCCAGCCCUCUUUACCUGAGGAGUCCAUCAGCAAUUUGGGCCUGAUCCUAGGAGUAGGACUAUCAUUGCUAGUAGUGUCCAUCCUUGGCUACAGUUUGGCCAAGUGGUACCAACACGGAUACUGUUGGGAGGGACCCAACUUUGUUUUUAACUUAUACCAGAUCCGCAACCUGAAAUCUGGAGAGUUAGAAGUGGGUCCUCCUUUCACCAUCAGUGGCCACCUCAGCAGCUCAGAGGGUGGUUAUAAGCAGUUUUAUGACAGACCAGUCUGAGGCAGG